ACCAAUGGAGAGCGAGGGGCGGGGAUAGCCCAAUAAGGUGGGAAGAGGAGUGACGGGCGUCAGCUUUAGCCAAUAGCAGCGCCUCUCGCCCCACAGCGGGCCAAUGGGGAGCAGCACGUGCCGCCCGGCGCGGUCUGGCCAAUGGGAGCCGCGAGCGCCUCAGCCCGGGACGGGGGCGGGACGCCACGCGAGUGGCUGCGCCGCCGGCCAAUGGGCGCGGCGGGCCGGAGCGGAACCGACCAAUGGGAGGCGGCGGCGGCCGGGAGCGGGGCGGAGGCGCCGGGCGCUGCGGGACCGGCCGCGGGUCCCGGUUCCGCUCCCCCGGGGCCGGUCCCCGGUUCCCCAUGGCGUCCCGGCGGGUGACGGCGCGGGAGCUCUGCGAGAACGACGACCUGGCCACCAGCCUGGUGCUGGACUCGGUGCUCGGCUUCCGCACGCACAAGAUGGGCGUGAGCCCGUUACCCGCCCUGCGGCGGCGGCACCAGCUGCGCGCGGCCGUUGAGCGCUUCCGGCGGCGCCGGGACCCGGAAGCCGCGUGGCGCGCGCUGAGCGCGGCCUGGGCCGGGACGUACUUCCGGCAGCGGCGUGCGCUGCAGCGGCGGGAGCUCAAGAGUCACGUGCUGCGGUACCUGCGGCUGCUGGGGGGGGG